UGAUCUGCAAUGCCCCACGGCGUGUCUGGUAUUUUCAAGAAUACUGAAAGAGAUUCCGCAGACAUAUUAAAUGUAUUUUCAAUCGUUUCUGGGAGACGGUGCAGCAGUCAGGUUGGAACAGGAGUCUUUUUGUUUGCAGGCGUCGUUAUCACUUUUAGAAACGUUGCCAGAGAAGACGAUGACGCGGGGGGGUUUGCCCUGACCAAAAGCCUGGAGGCAGCCUGAGUCUCUCCUACCUUUUCCUUCUACUUACAGCAAUUAUAGGCCUGCACCCGCAACUAUAAUAAUGGUAUAAUGGGAUGGCAGCAGAGCAGCAAUAAAAACCUCCCCUGACAGAUUAACAGUCCUCUCCAAGUGCUGAGCUGUAAUUAACAAUGAGACCGAAAGAGGAACAGAGGAAAGAAAGGGCCUUAGAUCAUAAGCUGGAAAAGAUAAAGAUAAAAAAGGGAUGGGCUGUGGAAGGAUUUAAUAAAAUUAGGAUUAGCUUUAAAGCUAUGAGUCUGGAAAUCGCACUGAGAUCCUUCCUUAAGCAACGUUUAGAAAUCACUGGCAAGGAGCAAUACGUUUUCCCAGCUUCUCUUUGAAGUUAAAGAUUUACAUUUGGGGAAAUAUGCUUCUUGGCGCUCUGGCUUCUGCUCGGAGAAUCUGCUGACAGCCUGCUCUAGGCCAGCUUCAUAUUUAAUGCACUGAUAUAAAUCUUCUCUAACUCCAUGUGAAAAUGAAUAAGCAUAUUUCCCAAAAUGUCAAACUAUUCCUUCCAAGUCUGAGCUGUCCCCAGGGGAUGUUUACCUGCUGAGAGGGUGGAGCAAGCAUUUUUGUGGGGAGAAUAAGUUGCAAAAUGUGUGUGUGAGAGAGAGAGAGAGAGGAAGAUGGCUCUUGCCUACAUAAUCACACACUUGCUUUACUUUGGUGGCCACCCGCCCCACCACCACCACCUCUCUCACAUCCAGUCCCUCCCUCCUUCGCCUCCUACUCCCUCUGUCUGAGCGUUUCUCACAGAGAAUAAUGGAGUCACAUCAUGCAGCAGGUCUGAGUGUUUUCAGCACAGAUUUCAUGCUGGAGCGCAUUUAGACCGGGGAUCUGAAAUCAACUGUAAAGUUUACUUUUUUUAUCCACAGCACAAGGACUCCUUACAUAAGUUUUUCUGCGUAAUUGCUUUUCAUGACGUCUGACUUUUUCUGUGUUUUGAUGUUUAUAUGAGGGGAUCAACGGUGCCCACCAAGGUUUUUCCAACAUAAAUCAACUUUUUCUUCCUACGUUUCAGUGCAGGCAGCCCUCUUGUUUACAUAUAACGCGGAAUGAGAGGACCUCAUCGGUGUUUUUUAAAAGCUGUAAGUAGAGUUUCUGGAAGUGGGUAUGGGCCAGUUUUUUGCUCCAGAGAGGGGUCUUUGGGAGGUGAGAGCCUGCGAGCCGUUCCUCUUCAGAUGAAGUGAGCAGCCAGGUUUUUGUUGGAGGAUUUGCGACAUGGGCUGAGCUCCUGUGAUGAGUCUUUUCUCCUGAAAGCUGUUCAAUCAUCCGAGGAUGGACGACGGAAAACGAAGACGGAUAAAACUAAACUGAACGGUUUGACUGUAAUUUAAUAUCUUCAACACUGGCACGAGACAUCACCGAAGCUAUUGAGCGUACAAGAUUGGGAUUUAAGCGUCUGCCAAACCUCCAGUCACUAUAUUUGAGGUUUUUACAGGGGUUUGGUUGUAGUGUGAUAUUUUUUGGCUUCGGAUCUGUUGAUUUAUUUCAAGUGUAUAAAAUAAUGCAUCUGGUGUUAAAUUAAGUGGCAGAAUGUAUGAACACUUAUACAAUUAAGUUAAAAUAAGUAAAUCUGUGUGUCUCCUAUUCCACAGAAAGUGGUUUUAUCUUUGGCUUUUUUUUACUAUAAUAGUUUUUUGAGGCAUUGGUUCCAGUUUAAACCACUUUGCCCACAUAUUUUUUCACACCUGGUUUUUGGGACUCGUUUUAGUGACAUUAGUGUCCCCCAGUGACCUCCACAGUGACCUCCACUGUCUCAGCUCCAUCUCCCCUCCGGACCAUGUGGCUGCUCCGCCUCGCGCUGCUGCUGCUGCUGCUCCGGUUCUCCGGUGUUUUGCUUGUGGAGGGCUUCAACACGUGCCACUCCAUCAACCUGGACGCGCAGAAGUCGCGGCGCAUCGAGGCGGUGCGCGGGCAGAUCCUCAGCAAGCUGCGCAUCCGCACCCCACCGGACAAGGACGACGAGGACCCUCCCUCCGGGUCCGUGCCCCCAGAGGUCGUGCUGCUCUACAACAGUACGCGGGAGUUGCUGAAGGAGCGUGCGCGGCUGGCCGAAUCCGCGUGCGACCGCGAGAGCAGCGAGGAGGAUUAUUACGCCAAAGAAGUUCAGAGGAUCGACAUGCUGCCCCCCCGCACCAACACAAACGCGGUUCAGCCAACAGCCCCCAACCCACAUUACAGAGAGGUCCACUUUGACGUCAGUGGAGUGGAUCUGACCAACAGCUCGCUGACGAAGGCCGAGUUCAGGAUCUUCAGAGCUCCCAACCCGCAGGCCGGGGCCUCGGAGCAGAGAGUGGAGAUCUACCAGCUGUUGAAGGCAGAUGAGGAGACCACCUCCACUGAGCGUUAUAUCGACUCCCGCACCGUUCAGCCGAAGGCGAAGGGAGCCUGGAUGUCCGUGGACGUCACCGAAACCAUCAAGGACUGGAUUUCAGAUCCAGAUAAUAAUCUCGGCCUGAAGUUGGGCGUCCACUGUCCCUGCUGCACCUUCGUGCCGUCCACCAACAACAUUGUGCCCAACAAGAGUGAGGAGCUGGAGACUCUGUUUGCAGGUGUGGAUGACGAGCUGCUCCGUCAGAUGAGAAAGCCCGGUAAGGUCAAAGGUCAGGCAGACUUCAGCACCAAGACGCCGCACCUCAUCCUCACCAUGCUGCCCAGCGACAGAGUGGACAACCUGCCCAAGAAGAACCGCAAGAAGAGGGCGGCCGCCACAGAAACCACCACCUGCUCCCG